CGCACAACAAACACAAACACACACACACACACACGCGCGCUCUCAAAGGAUUCAGUCAGGCUUUAUGGUCCACGCUCAGGUGCCUGACAUCACUUACCACAGAAGAAGAACAGGUGCGGAAAGGGAGGCCGCGGAGAGAUGAACUUGUACCGGAAUUUUGGGAGUAUGUUGGAGACCUGGGUGGUGACCACAGACCCCGACACGGAUCCUGAAGAGGGCUCCGACACGGAUCCUGAACAGGACCAUAACAGGGAUCCCAAACAGGACCACAACAGGGAUCCCAAACAGGACCCUGACACGGAUCCUAAACAGGACUACAACACGGAUCCCAAACAGGACCCUGACACGGAGGGUAACCGUGAAGAACAGAGGGUGGAAGGGCCAGGUGCGGAGGAAGGGCCAGGUGCGGAGGAAGGGCCAGGUGCGGAGGAAGGGCCAGGUGCGGAGGCGAUUCAGAGGUUUGAGUCGGAAGACUCAGGGUUUGAGACGGAGAACACGCCUUCCACCCCGGGGAGCCUGCAGGGCAGCUCCCCCCCCCUGAGGGUGCCGUCGGAGCGAGGGGGGGGGAGAGAUGGACGGGUUCCUCCACUGCUCUCCUCCCACUCCUUCUCCUGCUGCUCGCCGUUCGACCCUGGUGCUUCGAGCAUCAGCGUGGAACAGGCACUGCAGAGGGCAGCCCAAUCAGGCCCCCGCGGCCCCCGCGGCCCCCACAGGGCCACCCCUCCCCCCGUCAGGCCGCGCUGCCACUCCAUAAACACGGCCAGCGGCUCAGGUCAAAGGUCAGGGGUGAGAAAGGUCAUCCACCCCCCCUCCUCAGCGGAGCCCUGCAGUGCCCUGACGGACCCACAGCCCUGUCUCAGUAUUCACGAGACAAACUCCCAAUCACUCUGUGAGGAGGAGGCCAGCUCCCAGGCCCUCAGGGAGGGUCUCACACCUGAGCUGGGGCUCACACCUGGGCUGGGGCUCUCACCUGGGCUGGGGUACCUGGAGCAGGUGUGCAGGAUGCUGGAAGAGAUCGCCAGGCUGCAGCUCAGAAACCAGGAACUCCAAAGGGAGAGCGAGCAGGUACUGUGA